AUGGAAGACAUGUCUCGCUGGGCACAGCCCUUAGUGCCAGAGGCACUGCGCCAGCGAAGCUCCCGCAGUGCCCGGGAUGUCUUUGAUGACUCCGGGCUACUUCAGCAACUUCAGGAAGUGGAGCAAUUGGAGCACUCUUCUGAGUGGCGUGCGGCUCUCUACGUGCUUGAAACCACCAAGCUUGACAUCGCAGAUGCAGCUGUCUGUUGCAAGUCCUGUCGUGCACCCUGCUGCUCCACUACGGACUUGCUGAAGCCCAUGGCUACAAUGGAUGGUGUCGAUCCUCUUAGCUGGUUGCGGCUUGACCCAAGUGGAUCGGCCUGCCUCCGGCUUGAACAUGCCAGAGACACCAUUCCCCUCGGCCUAGGUCCUGCUGAGGUGCAUGUGGCGGCAUGCUUGACAUGUGGGGUCGGGCUUGGAUGGGCAUUCAAAGAAGAAUCAGCUGCUGAGGACUUCCAGCGUGUCGCCAUCCAAGCGAUCUCGGCUGGUUCGUUUGAAGUUACGGUGCCAGCCCCACAGGCAAACAAAGUACAGAUGCCUGCAGCGCCCACCGGGAUUACCUUGCUGUUCCAUUCAAUUGGCGAUGAACUCGAGAUCGCAUGGUGCAACGAGACGUGCAUCUGGCACAGUCGUUUGGGUUCCACAGUUUCCGUCGUAGUGGAAUGUGUCGAGGCGGCGGACCUCAAAUCAGCAAGAAAGAUGCGGCCCAGUUCUCCGAGCAAGUGCAUGGAUGCAAGGAGGCUUGCCUUCCCAUUCUGCCUGCAGCCAGUCAACAGAGUCAAUGCGGGCCACAUUGAAAUGAGCACCACGAUGCCAGUGUGUGCCAGGCACGUGCCGAAUUCUCAAACUUUCUCCUUGCAGGCAUGCACCGGCUCUGAUGAUUUCAGAGGCCGCUUUUCUGGGUCUUGGACUGGAAGGGACUCCGGCGAAGUAAGCUUUCAUGCCCGAUGGUCUUCCUCUCCACAGAGUCCUUCCAAGCGCAGUACAGCUCCAGUGCGUGUCUUUGCGAAUGUGGCCGCCGUUUGUGUGCAUCCCUUGUGGGAAGAGGCGUGCAGCAGAUGCUGUGAGCUGGUAGUGGAGGAGGUGAGCCCUGUGAAUGACACUAGGGGGCUCCUGACCUGGAACUUGAGAUGUGGCGUGCGCCUUUACGACAUCUUGCAGCGUCUUCACUGUCCAAGCACGGUGGCGGAGGUGGAGGUCAACCCAACGGGCCAGAGCUUUCACGGGAUUGGGCCCAGCCCAGCGCGUUGGCUUCCGAGCGUCAGUUAUGCCGACUCCGAUGUGGGCUUUGAUGAUUCUGGGCCCGUGGUGCUCGAGACCAAAGCAUUCGUCGAUAUCAAUGAGGGCAUCAUCUGGUAUGUUCUCAGGUUCCAAGCAGUGCCCGCAGAGCUGUCCCUAAGCAUGCUGGAAAGAUCAAGCUGCCAGCCGGUGAAGGGAAGUCCACAGACCCUCGUCCCUCCUCAAGCUUUGCUUCGGAUCCGCAAGCCCCUGAGCUUGAUCCCGCUGGUGUCGCAGCCGCUCGAGCCAACUUCCCCGUCGAACUUCAGGACUACAACGUCUACAAUAGCACCGAGAGGAAUAGCAGAAAGCAAGCAGCCUUUGCUCCAUGAGCCGGACUCUAAUCGUGACGGUGUUUUGGCUCAACCACUGAGUCAAACUUCUCCGACCGCGGGUGCCCGCGCGGACAGCCGGAUGGAGCAAGCCGCGGAGAAAUCGGAGAAAGCCAAGCUCUUCCGUGUUCAGCGACCUGCCUCCAUGAUGUGCUCACAGCGGAACCAAGAGGCGAUGGCAAGGCAUCCGGUUCUGUCACCUCGAUCUUCUGGGGCUGAGAGUCCAUCAGGUGCAUGGAUCGAGAAGCCCGAGCGAAAGAGCGUGCCGAGAAUCGACUGUCGAACGCAGCCUGCGAAUGCCCCCGAGGCCAUCCCGAGCCUCGAAGCCACAGCAGUGGUCCCUCCUGGGCGCUACAUGCCUGCCCAGCCCCUGCCUAGUCAAGUUGUGGUGGUACGCAGGAAGCACAAGAGCAAGAGUCCAUCCAAAAGAGCCAAAAGCAGCCGCCGAUGGGCGGAGGCGUAG